UGCUCGUGUGGGACAUGCGCUCCGGCGCCGCCGUGCAGGCCUUCGACACGCACCGCUCCGACGUCACCAGCGUGCGCUUCCAUCCCGGCGGGGACGCUAUAGCCACCGGCGCGGACGACGCGGCGUGCCGCCUGUUCGACCUGCGCGCCGACCGCGAGGUGGCGCGCUACGCCAAGGACUCCAUCAUCUUCGGCGUCAACAGCGUCGACUGGUCGCUUUCCGGCCGACUGCUCUUCGCUGGCUACAGCGACUACACAGCGAGCGCCUGGGACGCUCUGCGGGCACAGCGAGUGUGUGUGCUGUGCGGGCACGAGCAUAGAGUGUCGCGCGUGCAGCUGGCCCCAGAUGGCGCCGCGUUAGCGACCGCCUCGUGGGACUCCACGCUGAGGCGAGUGUGUGUGCUGUGCGGGCACGAGCAUAGAGUGUCGCGCGUGCAGCUGGCCCCAGAUGGCGCCGCGUUAGCGACCGCCUCGUGGGACUCCACGCUGAGGCGAGUGUGUGUGCUGUGCGGGCACGAGCAUAGAGUGUCGCGCGUGCAGCUGGCCCCAGAUGGCGCCGCGUUAGCGACCGCCUCGUGGGACUCCACGCUGAGGCGAGUGUGUGUGCUGUGCGGGCACGAGCAUAGAGUGUCGCGCGUGCAGCUGGCCCCAGAUGGCGCCGCGUUAGCGACCGCCUCGUGGGACUCCACGCUGAGGCGAGUGUGUGUGCUGUGCGGGCACGAGCAUAGAGUGUCGCGCGUGCAGCUGGCCCCAGAUGGCGCCGCGUUAGCGACCGCCUCGUGGGACUCCACGCUGAGGCGAGUGUGUGUGCUGUGCGGGCACGAGCAUAGAGUGUCGCGCGUGCAGCUGGCCCCAGAUGGCGCCGCGUUAGCGACCGCCUCGUGGGACUCCACGCUGAGGCGAGUGUGUGUGCUGUGCGGGCACGAGCAUAGAGUGUCGCGCGUGCAGCUGGCCCCAGAUGGCGCCGCGUUAGCGACCGCCUCGUGGGACUCCACGCUGAGGCGAGUGUGUGUGCUGUGCGGGCACGAGCAUAGAGUGUCGCGCGUGCAGCUGGCCCCAGAUGGCGCCGCGUUAGCGACCGCCUCGUGGGACUCCACGCUGAGGCGAGUGUGUGUGCUGUGCGGGCACGAGCAUAGAGUGUCGCGCGUGCAGCUGGCCCCAGAUGGCGCCGCGUUAGCGACCGCCUCGUGGGACUCCACGCUGAGGGUAAGUGUCAAGUAUAGCUCCAUUUACUUAGUGUCGACUAGUCUUGUCACUCUUCGCUGGCUAUAG